UAAAAAAAAUUUUAAAAUACAUUUUUUUCUACUUCCAACUAUUAUGUUGUUAUCUGCUAAGUUGAUUUUCUAUAGCUUUUACAACCUUCAAAAAAGUCACUUUUCAAUUACUGUACCUAGACUACUGAUAUUAUUAUCAUGAAACUUUGUAAACCGAUCUUACAAAAAUAAUUUAAACAUAAAAUAAAAUUAACCACGUUGUCUCAAUAUGAGCUUUCAUAUCAUAGGUUUAGUUGUACUUGAUGUUAAUGGUUCUCGAAUUGUUGGAAAGUAUUUUACAGAAAACAACAAAAAUCUUUUAAAUUUUCCCUCUAAUUUUGAUGAACAGCGACACUUUGAAAAAGAUCUAGUGGCGAAAUCAUCUCGACUUCCAUCCCGGUCUGAAGUUGAAAUUCUUAUGCUGGAAGAGACAAUCGUUCUUUAUAAAUGUAUCAACGAUAUAAACAUUUAUAUAAUUGGUUGCUUGAACGAAAAUGAAAUUAUACUAUAUGACGUUAUGAAUGCUUUUACAAAUUCAUUAAGCUCUAUAACAAAUGGUAAUAUUAAUAAAAGUAACAUUCAAGAAAAUCUUGGAGCGCUUUUUAUUUUAUUAGACGAGUUACUUGAGGAAGAUCGUAUUUUUGAGAUUGAUCCUAACGUUAUUGUGAAUCGUAUUUCGAUGGCGACACAGGAAGAAUGUGAUUUACAUGAUCAAAAAGCUUUCAAUCAUGCUUUGAACAAUGCUAAGGAUAGUUUGCUUCGUAGCUUUCUAUUGUCCCAUACAUAAAAACAUUUUUUAAUUUAAAUAAAACUCAUGAAGUCGGGAGCUCAAAUAUUUUAGAAUGUUAUUUUAUUUUUAUGCUUCAUGUCUAUAUUUUUUUUUAAACAAAACAAAUAAUUAACGCGAUUUGUAAAUUUAACGACUAUUAUGAAAAAUGUUAUAUGGAUACUGUGUGCAAUUCUUUUGACCUCAGUACAAAGUGCUAAUGUUGUUUUUAUUUACCCUGAGAUAUCACCAGCAAAACCUUACUAUUUUAGCAAAUAUAAAUACUUACCGGUUAAAAAACAUGAAACAAUGUUUAAAAUAAGGAAACAUCCUUACUUUUUAAGAAAAGCUUUUCAACGUAAAACGUUGCAAAACAAUGUAAACGUCUCCAAAUUAUAUCAAGAUGAACUUGCAGACGUCUCUAAAUUAGAAACAAAGUUGAAAAGCUUGCUGGAAGUUGAGAAAAUUUUGAAAACAUUAAUUAAUAAUGAAAAAAAAGUUGCCGAAGCUGAGGAAUAUGCUAAAGAUGCAUCUUUAAAUGAAGACGCUAUGGAGAAAGAAGAAGCUGAAAUAGAAGAACACAAGUUGGAGGCGGAUGUUGAGAAAAAUGAGAAACGUCACAAAGAAAAAACACGUGAGGAGCAACGUGAGGAAGAGGAUGAAGCAAUGGAAAAUAAUGAAGAAGAACAAGCUGAUAAGGAGUAUGUGAAGAAUUUAAGAGAGAAUGCUAAGGAAAUGGCGAAGGAAAAUAUGGAAAAGGCAGUGGUGGAAAAAGCUCAAGAGGAAGAAAAGAAGUAUUUAGAUGAAAUUGCCAAUGAAGUUGCAACGAAACAAACAGAACAAGAGCAAAAACGGAAGAUGCAGAAUUCUCUGGCAUCUCAAUUGAACAAAAAAUCUUUGAAAGAACAAGAAGAAUUGGAUGAGGAAGUUGCGGAGCAAACCGAAAAGAAACGGCAACAAAUUCAACAGUCGGUCAAGGAAAAAUUAGAAAGAGAGGCUCAGGACAUUGCAUCUCUGGAUCAGUCGAAACAUAGUGCAAAAGGAUCAUGUAUGCCCUCGCAAGAAACUAAAGUUUUAAACCAAUUUAUAAAAAUACACCAUUUCCCCACAAAUCAACAUCAAAACAAUACACAUAAGAAGCUUUAUAAAUCAAAAACAACACCAAUAAAUAAGUUUAACGAAAACAAAAUUUUUCAUCCUCCCACGAAAAACUCAGAAUUAAGCCCAACACAAUGGUGUUAUUUCGUAUGUUGUGUCCCUCUAGGUGUAGUUUCUUCAUCACUUUUACUUCUUUUUUUCAUUUAACGAAUUUGUGCAUAAUGUUUUCACAUAAUAUAUGAAAAAGUUCUUUGACGUUUUUGAAUUAAACAACAUUCAAGUUACAAAGAAAAAAGCUAAACGCUAAUGAAUCUUACUGCCAAAAAAACAACUAGUUAUUU